AUGGCUACUAAAUCAAAAUCGAAGACAGGCGGAACGUCAUUAACAAACGAACAACAACAACAAAUAGUAUCUGGUUUUCAAGCAUUACGCGAGGAACAAACACAAUUGGUUAGUAAAACACAGGAUCUUGAAAUGGAUUUAAAAGAACAUGAUCUUGUUUUGUCGACAUUGAAAACAAUUACUGAUAAACAACGACGAUGUUAUCGUAUGAUUGGUGGUGUGUUAAUUGAACAUACAACUGGAGAAGUUUUACCUGCUGUAGAAUCAAAUCGUGAACAAAUUAAAAAUGUUAUUGAUACAUACAAACAAAAAAGUGAAGAAAAAUCGAAAGAAAUACAAGCCUAUAAAGAAAAAUAUGAUAUUCAUUUUGCAAAUGAAAGACAACCACAAUUGACUAAUUCUAGCAGUGAUUCAACAUCAGAAUCGACAAAGGAACAGGCAAAAGACAGUAGUUCAAGUACAAAUCAGACGCAAAACAGUGCGAACAAAGACGUAAAAAGCUCGAAAUCGUCGGGAGUUCUAGUUGAUAAUGAUAGUUAG